GACACAACUUGGGGCGGAGACACUUGCAGAAAACAAUAACAAAGGAUAUAUAAACACUCUAUUGUAUUUUGAUAGGUGGACUCCGAAUACAUUCCUUCCGUUUUCCGUGAGGCAAGAUGCCGUCAAAGACCCUCGGCUCCGCAGGCGCUGAGGUGGACUCCGCUGUGUCAGCGCGCAGCAGCCCACGGGAGCCGAAUGCUGCGGCGAAGGCAGUAAAGGAACAAGGCGCGGUCCUGUUUGCCCUGCACACCAACCUCUGCAAACAUCAGAAAUCAGUCAAUCAGGCCUUCACCUCACUGGGGCAGGCGUGCCGAGCGCUGGUCGCGUCUGUUGUCGCGCACCAAUCCACUGAGACCAGUCCCCCAGAAAUCGCUGCGCACUCUGCGACGUCAACGGACACGUCGGCAGACGACCGAACCACGGCCACUUCCGCCGCCGGCUCCGCGGCACGCCAGUUCGCACAGCUACUGCGGCGUGUGGAGGCGCUGCAUCAGUUUCUCUUCACAAAUCUUUACGUUCAUCAGCGGGAGAGUGCACUGCAGCUUUUGGUCGGGGUGGAGCGUUUUGUGCUGGAGGCGGCAGACAGCAGCGACGUCGAUGAGGCCUCGCGCGACGCUGCGGGGUACGCGGAACUGCGCUCUCAAAUAGCACAACUCCGCUACCGGCUGUCCAACGCCUCUCAUGCCCUCGCUGCCACGGCAUGCGAUCCAUUUCUUCACACCUCCUGCAGCGCACCAGUGGCCGCGUCUACCACGAUCGCGCCCGCUCCUUCCUCCUCUUCUUUGGCCGUGACGAGUCCGCCGCGUCUCUUUGCCCUCUCCUCUCAUUUUCUCACUUCGGGCGAGGAGGGGCAACGAAGCCUCCUCGUUGUCCUGCGCGCUGCGCAGCGCCGCUUUGGCAUACACGGCGUUGUCCUGAGCAGCACCGGCUCGCACGCCACGCCGCCCAUGCACGAGGUGCAGCUGGCGAGGCAGCUCGGGUGUCUGUGUCUGGUCAUCCCGCACCAGUGCCGCAGGACGUACCCCGCACCCUCCCCAAUACCCACCCCGACCGAUCGCGACGUGCUGACGUACGACCGCGCCUGCGGCGACCACAACGCGGCGGCUCGGGGGACCGAGGAGGACGAUGCAACGGGCCGCCCGCCGUCCGCCACCCCGCCUCCGCCCCCGCCCCACCCAUUCAAUAGCAGCGAUGACGAAGACGAGUUGAUGAGCGGCGGUGCCGACGCGCGGACAUCGGCGCUGGAGCAGCUCUUCCUCUCGCUGGAGGCGGAGAUGCCGGGGCAGGGUGCCGAGUUGACGCCGCUCUGGUCGCCCACCGCCGCUCUAACAGGCAACGCGACCGUCGACAGGGUGGAGUGUGCCGAGGUGGUGCACCGUGCGGCCCUCAAGCGAGCGGGACGGCAGCCGACGCACCGCCUGAGGCGCCCUCGGCACGACUCGCAGCACAACCCACCGUUGUCCUCCUCCACCCCUGCCACCGUCACCCCCGCGUCGUCGGCCUCCCUCGACACGAUGGCCGAACCGUUUCGCCGUUGUGCCGGCUCAGCCGUGUGCCCAUCGCAGCCUGGUGAGACGGCCGACGACGCCGUCAGCAACGGCGAGCACAGCUCCCUCUUUUCGCCACACACGAUGGAGUCCCAGCACAUCGGCGUCACGCAGUACGGCCUGCCUCCCACGUUCUCCGGCUCCGUCGAGUCUGCGGGACACACCACGCCCCUCGCUGUGCAGCCGGAGGUGGCAGACGAGGCCUCGGCGGUGGAGGAGGCGCCUGCCCGUCCUCCUCUCUUUCAGAUCAGCAACUCGGUGCGCUAUCUGAAGCCGCAGCUGAUCGAGGCGGUGGAGCAACUGGGCGGUGUGGUGGACCUCAGCUCCGGCUACAGCCCCGGUUGCCGCUUCCUCAUUGUGGCCGAGGGCAUCACGGAGCGCACGGAGAAGUACCUCGGCGCGUGUGCGGCGGCGGCCUUCAUUGUGCCUCCUCGCUACGUCUUUGACUCUCAGCGACGCGGCUACUGGCUGGCAAAUCGCGUACACGAGUAUGACAUGAGUCCGCAGCGGGCGAUGGCUCACCAACCACGGCCGCCGCCGAUCUUCCGCAACUGGCGCGUGGUGCUCAUCACCUGUCGCAGCGCAGCCGCGCGAGGGAUUCGUGCUGCCCUGCUGGCCGGUGGCUGCACGCAGGCGACGGCCUUCGUGGUGGACCUCACGGCGGAGGCCCCCAUCAGCGUGAGCGCCCGCACGCACGUGUAUGACGAGACGAGUGCGGUGGAGGGCGUCGUGGAGGGCGUGUGCCCGACAAGCGCCAUCGCCGCGACCACGCUCGCCGCCGCCACCCACAUCUUGGUGGAGUGCAGCAGUGUCACGGCGCAGGGGUGCUUCCAACUGCCCGACUGGGUGCCCAUCUGCGUGCGUCGGCCCGAGUACGCCAGCCGCGUCUUCACACUGGAGCUUCUCUACUUCUGCCUCUGCACGCACCCCGAGCGCAUCUUCAACGACGAAGGGCUGCUGUGCGAUGAGGAGGCCCUCACACCCGCGUGCAGGGUGGAGCCGGUGUGA